CUUCCUCAGGGAUCACUGAGCUCGGGUUUCCUGCUUUCCCUUCAACAGCUUCUGGACUCUGGAAUAUUUUUCUCUUCGUGUGCGCUGCGUUCGAUUUCUGUGAACGAAUCUCCAGUUCAUUUUGAUUUCUUGACUUCAUUUUAAAUCUGAAAUAGUUACAGAGGGAGGAAGAAGAAGAGAAGGAGGAGGAGGAGGAGGAGGAGGAAGGUGGAGGAGGUGAAGCACCUGUCCCAUGCGCAUUGACAGGACGGAGCUGAGCAGCUCAGGGUUAAAGGUCUUUUGGGAGGCGCCGUGGCGACGUUGGACGUUGGGACAUUAAUAAUGUCCCGGUGGAUUAUCUGAGCGGAAAGGCGGUGGAGACGGAGGUGGAGGUGAUGACGAUGAUGAUGAUGAUGAUGAAGGCUGACAGUGUGCAGAAGGAGAUGGAGGAGAGGAAUCUGCGCCCCCGCCUGUGCUACCUGACCAAAGGCGAGCGCGGUUACGGCUUCCACCUGCACGGAGAGCGCAGCAGCGGCGCGCAGUUCAUCCGCAGGAUCGAGGCGGGGUCUCCUGCAGAGCUGGCAGGACUUCGCUCCGGGGACCGCGUGGUGGAGGUGAACGGAGAAAACGUGGAGAAGGACUCACACCAGCAGGUGGUUCAGAAGAUCAUGGAGGUGGAGAACAGGACAAGGCUCUUGGUGGUGGAUCGAGAGACGGACGAGUUUCUGCUCCUCCACUCUCUGCCCUGCACCGAGGACCUGGCCGUGGAGAUGAGCUGCCUCCUCUCCCCUCGCACCUCCUCCUCUUCCCUCGCUUCAGCCACCCUGAGCUUCUCCUCAUUGUCCCGUGAAUCCCUCACUCCAUCGCCACAAGACUCCAUCAUUUUAUCACCGCGAGACUUCACUCAUUCACUCUCUGACUCCAUUACACCGUCACUGCUGCCCAAAUCCACCACUUCAUCACCACCUGACUCCAUUGCUCCGUUACCCGGUGACUCCAUUAUUCCAUCACCACAAAAUUCCACUCCACUCUCACCAGGCAAAUCUGUCACUCCAUCACCAGAAGACUCCAUCACUCAGUCAUCACGCAACUCCAUUAAUCAAUCACCAUGUGACUCUGUCACACCAUCACUGUCCAACUCCGUUAAUCAAUCACCCUAUGACUCCAUUACUCAAUCACCAUCCAAAUCCAUUACUCAAUCACCAUCCAACUCCAUUACUCAAUCACCAUCCAACUCCAUUACUCAAUCACCAUCCAACUCCAUUACUCAAUCACCAUCCAACUCCAUUACUCAAUCACCAUCCAAAUCCAAUACUCAAUCACCAUCCAAAUCCAUUACUCAAUCACCCUAUGACUCUAUUACUCAAUCACCAUCCAACUCCAAUACUCAAUCACCAUCCAAAUCCAUUACUCAAUCACCAUCCAACUCCAUUACUCAAUCACAAUCCAACUCCAUUACUCAAUCACCAUCCAAAUCCAUUACUCAAUCACCAUCCAACUCCAUUACUCAAUCACAAUCCAACUCCAUUACUCAAUCACCAUCCAACUCCAUUACUCAAUCACCAUCCAAAUCCAUUACUCAAUCACCCUAUGACUCUAUUACUCAAUCACCAUCCAACUCCAAUACUCAAUCACCAUCCAAAUCCAUUACUCAAUCACCAUCCAAUUCCAAUACUCAAUCACCCUAUGACUCCAUUACUCAAUCACCAUCCAAAUCCAAUACUCAAUCACCAUCCAAAUCCAAUACUCAGUCACCCUAUGACUCUAUUAUUCAAUUACCAUCCAACUCCAUGACUCAGUCACCAUCCAACUCCAUUACUACUUCUUUCAUAAGGGAAAAAUCAGACGAGACCAAUGUAAAGGACAUCAUCGUCACCACCGACAACAAGGAGAUGUCAGGAACAGAGGACAUGAAGGCGCGUGACCUGAGGCCGCGGCUGUGUCACAUAGUGAAGGAUAAGCAGGGUUUCGGCUUUAACCUGCACUGUGAUAAGCGGCGUGUGGGUCAGUUCAUCCGCUCGGUCGACCCUGAUUCACCCGCGCAGAGAGCUGGACUACAGCCCGGAGACAGGCUCAUCCAGGUGAACGGCAGAAGCAUUGAGGGUCUGAGGCACUCGGAGGUGGUGGAGAUAAUCCGAAGUGGAAGAGGACAGACCAAGCUGUUGGUGGUGGAUCCGGAAACGGAUGCUCUGUUUCAGAAACUCGGCAUCACACCGACUACAGCGCACCUUAAUGAGGACUGUGUGGACGGUCCACUCAUAGAGAGUCCAACCUCAACCUGUCCAAUCACAGACAGCUCUGGGUCUCCUUCCAAAACCCCCAACGGCUCGCUGAACCAACUGCCAAUCACAAACCUCACUGUGACGGAUCCACCAACCAGAAACGGCUCUCUGAAGCACCAGAGUCGCGGAAGCUCCUCCUCCUCCAGGUCCAUCACUUCAGAGAUGAGUGUGGAGCUGAGCAGCUCUGACACCAGCAACAAGGUGUUGGAGUCAGAGCAGCGUAAGUGUAACAGCGCCCCCGGAGUGCAGGAGGGAAAGGCGGUGAAGGAUUUGGACCCGCUGUGGGCGAGCGGCCUGCACCUGAGCCCCACGGCGGCCGAGGCCAGGCAGAAGGUCAGGCUGAAGAAGGCUAACAAGAGAGCGCCCCCUAUGGCCUGGAACAAGAAAUACGAGAUCUUCAGCAACUUCUGAGCUGUUCGGUCCAAAGAGAUCUAACAGAACCUGGACCCUGGGACGAGGAAAAGGGAAACAAGACAACCACUUUUUCAGCUUUCUGUUUUCACACCUGCUGGCCUCCAAGCUUCUACAAAUAGCUACAUCUCAGGAAAAAUGAAGACUACCCACGCCACCAUGCCACUGCGGUUACACCACUCAUAAAGGCCAGGAAAAGUAAAAAGAGAGACAGUAAUAGAUGACCAGCUGGGGGCUUGAGAAAGAGGAAGAGGAAAGGUGAAUGAGUGAAGGUGAAGAAAUGAAAGUAAAGGGCUGAGGUUGGAAACUGAAGGUGAAGAAAUGUGAAUGAAAACGCAAAUCUGACAGGAUGUAGUAGUGAGCGUGAAAUCCAGCUCUUUACCGGUGUCACAUGACUGACAAUGAAAUAUAAACACAUUAUAUGAGAGAGAGAGAGAGAGAGAGAGAGAGAGAGUUUUAACCAGCAUGUAUUAAUUUAAAAUUCAAAACAAAAUUGUCUUGUCCUUCUCUUAGUUUCCUUGUUCACGUGUGCGUUUAGAGUUUUAGGUAAAAAUAUGAAAAGUGGGAAAAGAACUCACUCGAGCCUUGAUAGCUGUCCGGAUCCAUGAGGAGACAUUUUAUUACAGACAUCUAGGAAUAAACUGAUACGUUUAGAAAGCAUUGGAUCGGUUUCUGCUGCUAAAUAUUAUAGUCAAUAUUUUAAACAGGCUCCAUUUAUAAAAAGUAUAGGAUGUUUAAAAUAUUGAAUAUAAUAUUCAACCCCAAUCCCAGCAUCCUCAGCGUAAGUUCCGUCUAUGGUCAUAAAUGAUUCAUAAUGAUUCAGGUUAAACAUUCUUAUAAUAAUGAAAUUAUAAUUUUAAAAUUUGCAAAAAAAAAAAAAAAAAAAGAA